AUGUGGGAAUUCACCAUCUCAUACCAUCCCAGUAGCUUGAUCACAACCCAGACAGAAGCAAACGAGAUGCUUAAGAAUAAUGAUAGAAUUAUUUAUUUCCUUCGAUUCUACCUAAAGGAAGAGGAAAGAAAGUUGAAGAAGGAUGCCGUGGCCGAGCGUUAUGACCCCUCAAGUUAUCUGACUCAGACGUUAAGCAAGUGGUGUUCUGGAACUAUUUCGAAGGAUGAGAUGCAGUCCAUUUUGCGCCUUUCGGUUGUCAAGUGGAUACAAUUCAUAAGUACAAUAGAUCUAAGUCAUCUAUUAGAUCUCCAAAAAAGGUCACCCAAACGCAAUUGA